AUGCCAUCUCUAGGGAGGACGGUUGUGGCUGUGGUGGCGAUGUGGUUACACUUUGGACAGGCUGUUGACUUCAGCUGUACAGUCCCCGCGGCUUUUCCUAAUGCGCCCCCUUUACCUACAGUAAUGGCCGGCAUCCAAUCCUAUCAGGCGCAGGUGGAGAUUACCCUACAGGAGAAAAACAUCACCAUGGUAACGGAGGAGUACCUGGAUGGCACCAGCAACCGAGGGGUCGUGUUCACUUACCGCCAGCACAAAAAGAUCCAGGAGAUUUUCUCGUUCGCGACAGACGAGAUUCUACGAGUCGACCCGGACGCAAAAUCGUGCCUCGUCACAAACUUGUCAGCUGAAGUAUCGACUAGCAUAUUUGGAUCGAUACAACCAGGGGCAGAUAAGAAACGUUUGUUUGGUAGCGCUGCUGCCCUUAGAUUCGCUGCUGACAGUAAUAUUGUAUACGUUGGCACCCGUACAGCCCGGGGCGUCCCAGCAAAUGUCUGGGCAGGGUGCAUCGACUCACCUAACGCCAGAGGCAAGGUCAAGGUCACCUAUUAUUUUAGCCGUCCUGGCUGGUCCAUGCCGUCUGCCACACUGCUGGCACCGCUCAAACUCGAAGUUGAAGGUCUGUCCUUGCUGCCACUCACUGCCACGCCCACCUCACCACCAGCGCCAUCUACCGGCUGGUAUUUUCACCAUGUUUACCAGUUCAUCAAUUUCCAGCCUACAGUUGGGGACGAUUGGUUAGUGUUCCAGGUACCAGAAGAGGUAAUCUGUGUCAACAGAACCAACACCAGAACGCUGCCAAAAUUUCCAGGGGUGUUCACGUAUAGGGCUGAGAUCAUUCAUCCAGGAAGUAGUUUGGUGACACACUACUCCAUUUGGUACAACCAGGAUUCUAAGCUUGUCAGAGAAGAUUCUAGAACUUCCAACCCUGGUCCUCAUGUCAACACCAAAGAUCCAGUUACUGAGAUCCAUGACUUUAACACUGCUGUCCGCCAUGUAAUGGAUCAAAAUGGAGGCUGUUCCAGCUUUCCAAUUGACCUUAACGCAGCAGAUUCUAAGGAAGACAUUGCCAGAUUUCAGUAUAAUAAAUCCAUUGUUGUUGACAUCAGAGAUCCAAGCAGCUUCUUCCAGUUCAAUGAUAAUUACAAAUACGCUGGUCAAAAAAUGGUGAGAGGAUUUCUCUGUGAUGCAUUCAGUGCCAUUAUACCAGGCUUUAAGGUGGAUGGACAAAAAGUUGAUGCCAAGUUUGAAUUUUACUUUUUGAGUGAUUCUUGGAAAGAUGUUCCAUUGAAUGGCCUUGAGACUUCAAACAGAGAUUACCCUGUUCAACUUGUUGUAUAUGCACCAGUGGUUGAUUACACCAGGGUCUAUAAUUUUUUUGACUUUGCUGAAAAUUUUAUAAUGGCUGACAUAUUUGAUGCUACACCUUGCUCAAAGUAUGAAAACAGAAUUAGAAUCCAGCUGACUUUUCCAGGUGAUUUUAACCCUGCUAAUAUGGAACAAUGGAAACAGAUUGUUUACUAUGAGCUGGCUGAAGUGAUGCAUGUCAGUCCACUACGGUUGAGCCGCAUCUUCAUAGAGAGUGAUGGCAACAAUGUUUACGUCAGUUUUUGGUUACUGGACACUCAGAACUAUGCCCAGUUUCAGCAGAGUGAUAAAUCAACCUUUGAACACCAGGAUGAUAAAGUCAUCUUUCAGGUGACUUCACCUUUGGACUGUGCUGACUUAUGUGUCAACAAUGAAGAGUUCCAGUGUAAUGCUUUUGAGUACUGCAUUUAUAAUAGAUAUGCCUGCAGGCUGUUGAAGGACCAUUUACCCACAACACCUUUGAUUGCAAAUGCCACUGAAUGUGUUUUUAGCACGCGUCCUAUAGCAGGAAAUGCAAUCAAAGAGCCAACAGUCAGCGUGGCUUACUCUACUUUAGAACAGGCAGUUCAUGGGAAAAAAUUUACAGUUGAUAUUCCUGAUGAUCAGAAUAAAAUUAGCUCAUAUACAGCAAUUAGUGUCGAGAUUCUAUCAGGCAAGCCAAUAGGAUCAAAGCCCUUACCAUCAUUACCCCUUCAGUUCUCAAACAGGAUAGAGACUGUGAUGUCAAAAUUUAAUAAAGUUUCUGAGACUUUUGUAUGGUAUGAUGGUGUGUCUGAUCUAGUCAGGUAUGAUACUAGAAACCCUGCCAGUCAAGACCCAUACAUGAUCACAUACAUACAUGACUUCAAAUAUGGUGUGUCCUAUAAGAUUGAUAGACAACAAGAAACCUGCGACAUUUCACCUAUUAGUCUGAACGCAUUUGACAUUGUCAGUGGCAAACCUCAACAAGAUGGCAGCUUGAUCCUAUUUAUGAAGUCACCUCAAAGUUUACUGUAUUUAGAUGAUUCCUACAGAUAUUAUGGCCAGAAAAAUGUUCGUGGGAUAUUAUGUGAUUUGUUUGAAUCAACAAGGACAGAUUUUAAUUUGGAGGCUUACAACAUGAGUUCACAAGAAAGCAUUUUUAGAUACUACUUUCAGUCAGAUGGCUGGGAUUAUGUUGUGCCUGAUGGAACAGAUAGUACACAUAACAAGCCAGUAAUGCUGCAGGUUGAAGAUAAAUCUGCCCAAACUUCCUUGACCUUCAACUUCUUUGACUUUGCUGACCAAUUCCAUCCAAUCAGUUACUUCGACACAUCCUUAUGUUACGACCCUCAACAGAAGCACACAUUUAUAAUUAUCUUCAAAAACCAGAGCUACCAUCCAGUGCUUGAUCAGGCUGCCAACAGUUUCAUCAACUCGUCUGUCAACCUGUUAGCCCUCCUGACCAAUAUUUCCAGACUCCAGUUCCAGCAAAUCUCGCUGACCUACGACGAGACCAGUGUGUAUCUAAAGGUGACAGCAUUAGGAACUAUUACACCUAUUGCCUUGUUUGAACCUGGCCCCAGUCUCCAGCCCAACCCUCCCAUCACCAACGAGAGGCCAGAAGACUGUGCAGCCAUGUGUGUCGGGACCAUGUCGCAAUGUCGCAGUUUUGAUUGGUGUGUUGAUCCUACAGGUACAUUCUGCCUGUAUGAUGGUGCCAAACCUGAUGCCCAGACAGCACAUCCUAACAGCAACUGUACACAUUACACCAGAUCAGACGAUAAUAUUUUCCCCUCUCUUGAUAUCACUGCUAUAUACAAUAUAAUUUCAAAUAAUGUCUAUAAUGGCCAGUUUAAGAUCAAAGUCACUCUUUUGGAUCUACAGAUAUCAGAGAUGAUCUCUUUAUCCCAAGUGACCCUGACUCUGCAGGAGUUAAACAGUGUGCUACAAAAGUUUGUCACCUAUACUGACAGUGUGUACAGUGAUUGGCUGGUUAAUGAGACCUUCACAGGACUCAGCGUGACUGACUGUGCUUACAUGUGUCUUCAGGAAAAUGUGUUUGACUGUGCAUCAUUUGAGUUUAGCUUCACUACUGAAAGGUGUCGCCUGAGUAGUGGUUACCCAGACCAAAAACGUGAUGGAUCAGUUUAUAAUAAAACAAAAAACGUCAACAUUUAUGCAAAGCUCUACACCAAAGACUAUACUAAGUACCCAGGUGAAGUAUUUACAACAGUGGCAGACAAAGUGUUAUCAAAUGUCCGUACUGAUGAAUCCUGUGCACGAGAAUGUACGAGCAACUUGAACUUCCAAUGUGAAUCUUUUGAAAUUUGUUAUGAUGGGACUUGUAAAAUCAGGAAGACACACCUGAUACAAACAAAGCCAAAAGAUGUGAUGAACUCUUCUGGGUGUACACAUUAUUCACGCAACCAUUUAUAUGACUAUGUAGAAAGACAACAGAAAACGAUUGAUGACCCGGAUGGAUCAUUGGCUGAUGUGACCAGGGUCACAGAGUGUGCUGACCUCUGCUCCACAGGUGAAGGUCAGCCAGCCUGUGCUAGUUUCACUGUGUGCAACUAUGAGCGGGGUGUCCAGAAGUGUACCCUGUCCAGACUUGACCCAACAGUCAACAAGUCUGUGGUCAUUCUGGAUGACAUACAGUGCACGCUAUACACCAAAAUUAAUAAUCAGAUGCCUCUGAUCAAUCCUUUUGUCAGUGAUGUAACUGCAAGCUCAUCAGUAUUAUCUAAACCCAUUUCAACCACUACCUCACCUGGUACUACACAAUCAACAGUGUCUAACAUGGCAACAAAUAAGAUCUCCAGAAACCUUAUUAUUCAAGAGAACACCAAAUCAUGUCUACACUCAUCCUCUAGUUCAGCAACAGACACAAGUGUCAGAAUUGGUAUAGCCUUUGGGACUUUAGUUUUAGGACUACUUGUUGGAGGUCUGGCAUCAUUUUUAUACUACAAAUUCCAUACAUCAGUGCCCAACCUUUUGAGAGAAACAUAGUGAUGAUCUCAGACUUUAAUGUGAUGGUGAUUUUACUGAUAAAAGAUUUCCUUGAAAUAUGUUGCUUUUGUGAUACUAUCAUUGAAUUGUUUAAUUCUUUGAAGUUAAAGAUUUAUUAAAGGUCUUUACUAUGAGACUUAAACUUAUCAUGGUUCAAAUUUCUAAAUUUGUUGUUUUUUAAAUAUCAAAUUGGUGCUAUGUAUGUAUUUAUCACGAUUGCCUUUUCAGAAUAAAAUAUCUGAAUGCGGUGAAAUAUAAAACACUGGUCAUGAAAUGUAUUUUUAAAAUAGAGAUAUUGUAAUGAACUUACAAUUAUGUAGACAACUCUUCUUUUAAUAAAAUAAACA